GGAUCAUUAAUUUUUUUUUAUUCUUCAAUAAAAUACUAAAUCUGAAAAUAAAUCUAUUCAAAUUUAUACAAUUGUUAAUGAUACAUGCAUAUAUCAUCUUGAAAUGAUUUCUCACUUUUAAACUUCUCCAAAUAAAUAUACAACCAACACAAAUCGAUACCACUUGAUGAAAUAACAAUCCAUAGUACACCUGAACAAUUUAACUUUCAUAUGGAUACGAUACACCACACAAGUUAUCAAGAUUGUGAGAUAAGAAAACAACCAAGUCAAGAAAAAAAACGAUAAACGAAGGUUGUUCAUGUAAAAAAUUUUAUUUUCAAGAAUCAAUUUAUGCGAAACAUAUAUAUAUAUAUAUGAGAUGAAAUUCUGAAAAUAUAUUCUACAUUUUUUAAAAACUGUACAAUGAAACAGAAAAUUAUCGAUUAUUUUAGCAAGAAAUAUUAAUGUAUUAACUAGACCAUAUCAACAGGUGUCCAAUGUAUCAAAGUGACAAUAUGAAGAAGAAUAUCUCUUCAAGUGAAUGUUUAAAAAGGAGGAAACCUCAAAUAAAACUGGUUAAAUAUUUCUGUUCGAGGUACAGUACUUGGUUCUGGCUAAUAACUUUCUUAGCGAUAGCCGGAGUGAUCACAUUGAUUGAGAAGAGAGAUUCAACUCCUACAAACUACAGACGAACCAGAAUAACUCAGCGUUGUUUUAUUUGUGAUAAUUAUGCCAGUCUAGCGUCAGAUUCUGGUUUCCGCCCUGGUGCAGCAAGUGGACUAGCAUGGUUCGGUGGUAAGCCAGUAGUUGGUGGUUGGACAAGUAUGUCAAGUAAUGGUAACCAAUUGAGAGGUGGAUUAACUGCUCUACAAGUCUCAAGACUCUGUUCAGAAAGAGUAAAUCGUUCAGCCAUUCAAUUACUGAUUGAUUCUGAUAACUAUGGUGAAUGUGAGAACAUAAAUUAUGAUGGUUGUGCGAAAAUCGUCACAAAGAGUUGGAGAGUUAAACCACAGCUUGGUGUGCCGACACUGGCUGCUGUAGUUGUAUCUCGUACAUGCGCAGCUAUUCCGGAAGGAUAUGGUGUCGGUUGUUUCAGUUCAGUUGGUGGUGCUGGAAUGCGAAGAACUGUAUGUUAUUGUCGUGGAAACUUUUGUAAUCAUAGUAGCAUACUAAAAAGAAGUAAUCCAUUUUUUGUGGUUCUUUUUCUUUUGCUAACAACGACUGCUAUUGACAAGAUUCCACUCUGCUUUAUAUGAUCAAAUCAUGGGUGAAUGUAGUUGAACAUUCCAGCAUAUUUAUGUCAUACUUUUGGCUAGAAGAAAUCCCCAUAAGUAACACUGGAACAUGAAGCAUUUACACCUAUUGAUGUGUUAAAACAAUUCACAUCAACACUUAAAUGUUCCAAUUUGAAAAAGUUUUUGAAGUAUUCAUGUAUCUAGUUUGUAUUUCAUUUUAUUUAAUAUGCAUCUAAUUCUUAAACUUUUAUGGGGGGGAUAUAAUUGAAGUUUUUGAUAGUGUUGUAUGAUGACAAGUACUGCUGCGAUAAAACAUAGAUGAAACUUAUGAUUCUUGGAGAAAAAAG